AUGGGGAAACCUAAAAUAUUAAUAAAAAAUUUGUAUGAAAUUUUACAGUCAGAAAAAUUUGAUUGUAUUAGAUGGACAGAUAAUGGAAGGGCUUUUAUAAUUGUUGAUCCUGAAGAAUUUUAGAAGUCAAUUAUGCCAGAAUAUUUUUAUUCAACACAAAUAAAGUCACUCUAUCGAUAACUAAAUUCCUAUGGGUUUAAGAUGAGGAGUUUAAAAAUUAAUUAAAAAAUGUUUUCACAUAAAUGGUUUAUCUAGGGAAAUAUAUCCUCUCUCUACAAGGUAGAAAGGCAGAGAACACGCAGCAUAGCCCAUCUAGACAAAGAAAAGGAUUCGAUUGCUAUUAUGAGGGAAGAAAUGAAACAGUUAAAAGAAGAAUUAGAAACCUUAUAAAUUCAAUAAAAUUCUAUACUAAAACAAAUUAGAAUUCAUUCAAUUAUAUAGACUUACAUCUGCAAAAACAUAAAAAAGAUUUGCGAUGAGCAAAAGAAGUUCAAUCUAGAAAGAGAAUAGGAAACAAAACUGGUAGUGUAUUUCACAUCAAUGUUCGAAAUAUUCAAAGGCUUCCAAUUUGAAAUAGCAUCUAAUAUAAUCCUGUAAUUAAAAGACAUAGGAGGACCCUAAACUCCUUCCUUUUCUCCAAUGAUAUUUCCAUAUGUGUGA